UCAAUAUUUAAUAUUAUAACUAACAGAUGAAGAUCAUGGUACGAGAAUCGACUAUGGUGAUUCCUGCUGAGGAGUCUCCGAACAUAAACCUAUGGAACUCUAACCUCGAUCUAACGGUCCCGAAUGUUCACACACCAACUGUGUAUUUUUAUAGGCGUCCCAACGGUGUUGCUAACUUCUUUGAUACAAAACUGAUGAAGGACACUUUGAGCAGAGCUUUGGUUCCUUUUUACCCGAUGGGAGGCCGGUUUAAGGUUGACGAAAAUGGUCGGAUCGAGAUUGAUUGUCGAGGACAAGGCGUGUUGUUUGUUGAAGCGGAUUCUGACGGUGUGAUUGAUGAUUUAGGUGAUUUUGCGCCUACGCCGAAGGGAGAGAAACUUAUCCCGGCUGUGGAUUACUCUCGAGGAAUCGAAUCAUAUCCGUUACUGGUCUUACAGGUUACUUUCUUCAAAUGUGGAGGAGUUUCCCUAGGAGUUGGGAUGCACCAUUUCCUCUGCGACGGGAUAUCUGCGUCGCACUUCAUGAACACAUGGGCCGACAUGGCCCGUGGCCUUGACCUCAUCAUGCCUCCCUUCAUAGACCGGACCCUCCUUCGGGCUCGGGACCCGCCACAACCAAUCUAUGACCACAUCGAAUACCACCUCGGUCGGUCAAUGAAAUUAUCACUCGAAGCCCAACCACAUGAAACAGUGGUCUCGAUUUUCAAGUUAACACAAGACCAACUAAUUGUGCUCAAAGCAAAAUCAAUGGAGGAUGGCAACCCAAUCAACUACAGUACGUUUGAGAUUGUCUCAAGUCACGUUUGGAAAUGCGUGUGUAGAGCUCGAUGUCUUCCUGAUGACCAGGAAACAAAGCUCUACUUUGUUAUUGAUGGGCGGGCUCGUCUUGAGCCCGCUCUACCACCAGGGUAUUUUGGGAAUGUUAUUUUCUCAAUUAAUGCCACUUCAGUGGCAGGUGAAAUUGUAUCAAACCCAAGUUGGUACGCCGCUAGUUUAAUCCACGAGGCAGUAGUCAAGAGGACCAAUGAUUACCUAAAGUCAAUAAUCGACUACUUGGAAUUUCAGCCUGAUUUGUUGUCUUUGGUUGGUGACACCGUAGAGACUUAUAAGAGCUCGAAUCUUGCUAUAACCACUUGGGCUAGGCUCCCGUUUCAUGACGUUGACUUUGGAUGGGGGCGACCAAUAUUCAUGGGGCCCGGUGGGGUCAACGUGGAAGGAAUCGCAACCAUGUUACCGAGCCCGAUCAACGAUGGGAGCUUGUCAAUAGUCAUUACCCUACAAGUUGACCAGAUGAAGCUUUUCAAGAAGUUCUUGUAUGAUAUAUAACAUGAUAAAUACGUGUUUGUCAAGGCAAAUCCAUGGAUUUGGGUGUAGUAGUUUAGGGCACGUGUGAGUGGCCACUUUCUACCUCUUUCAAGUGGGAUGUACAAGUUUUAAUUGGGUGUAUAUUGUGGUUGUUGAAUAAAAUACUAUUGG